AUGGCCUCGAGACCAGCCCUCGCAGCUCUCGGCUGCUUGCAGUGCCGCAAUCAAGUUUUGAGAGCCAUUGCCUCGACCAAUCCGGCCACCUUUCUCCGGGCCCCUGUCGCCGCGACCACCUCCGCUGCUCUGCGGCCUCGCAAUAACCUACACAGAGCCUUCUCGACUCUGCCCCCCGACACCAACCCCCAAACGACAGACGAACCAACUACUCAGACACCGGAGCAACCCGUGUCCAAAGAAGCCGAGCAGCCCGCGGAACAGGUUGCAGAACCGCCCGCAGAAGAAACAGCGAGCGAGAAGGAAGAGACGCCAUGGUUCUUACAAGUCGACCCCCCCACCCACGCGCCUACCCAGCAAGUCUCGCCGUUGCCCGAGCUGCCAGACUCUCCGCCGCCGAUACUCGAGCCGUUGCUGAAGUACGUCUACGAGGAAAUGGGUCUCGACGAUCUCUCGCUCCUUGACUUGCGCGCACUCGACCCGCCCCCUGCCUUGGGGCCGAACCUCCUCAUGCUCUUCGCUACGGCGCGAAGUGAACGUCAUCUGCACGUCUCGUCGUCGCGCCUGGUCAAGUGGCUUCGCCACCACCACCGGAUCGAAGCCAACGCCGAUGGACUCAUCGGCCCCGGCGAGCUUAAGACGAAGCUGCGGAGAAUGCGGAGGAAAGCGAAGCUCCUGGGCACCGGCGCCACGUCUGCCACGGGCGGCGAUGACGGCAUUUCCACCGGAUGGAUCUGCGUCAAUCUCGGAACCAGCGGGUCGGCCUACAGCGAAUCUGCCCGCUUCGAUGCACAAGGAAACAUGUCGGGUUUCGGUGGGCCCGUCAACGGCUCGACCGUUGUCGUCCAGGUCAUGACCGAGUCCCGCCGGAACGAGCUGGACCUCGAGCGUUUAUGGAGCCAGCAGCUCAUCCGGAGCCAGGCUCAGGAGCGCAAGGUCGCAGAGGAGACUUCUGAGUACCACAACCGCUUUGGCAAGUUACCUACCACGGCCGACGUCCGCGCCCGCAAACCCAACUACACCAAACGGACCCAGGCGAGAAGCUUUUCUACCCUACCCCCCCGGCCGACGGAAGCCGCUGAACAGACCCCCGCCGAGGCGGCCGGUGCAGGUAUUACUCCUUCAGCAGACUCGAACUCCGUCGCAGACCCGCUGAACAAAACUCGCCAGCACGUUAACAAGAUCCGAUGGGACGGGGCACAGGUCAGCCUCCCAGAGUGCUUGGAUCUUCUGAGGGCCAUCUUCCACAGCCCGGCGGCGUCGGAUGCUCACGCCCAGAGCCAGGCCGAUAUCGCCACGGAAGUCAUCACGACGAUGCACGAGCGCGGCAUGCCCAUCAUGGACCACGAGAUGCUUGUCACCAUGAUCGAGGCGAUAGCAGCCUCUGGCGCGCAGGCCGAGAAGAUUCGCAGCAUUCAGUCGAAUCUGGAGAUGGUGAUGCUCCAGGGGACGCAGUCCUCCCCUACCGAGGCUCAGCUCGUUCGUCUCCUCAAAGCGUAUGCGACCCAGGGCAACUGGGAGCAGUUUUGGGAGACGUGGAGCGUCCCCGCCCGCUACAGCCAGCGUCGAGGGCCGAUGAUGUACAGAGAAGUGUUUGCGCUUUCCUCGCAGACCCGCAACAAGGCCAGGUGCAUCGAGACCCUGAGGAAGUGCGUACAGGAGAUGAGGCUGGAGCAGCCACCGGUGCUGCCCGACAACACUGUCUGGCCUAACCUGAAGGCAUGCAUCUGGACUGCCGACCCCGACGCGGAACACAUCAGCGAGCACAUGGUGUCCCGGGGCGGCCAGUCCACCGAGAGCCACAAGGCGGCCAACACGGAGUUUGUUAGGAUGCUGAAAGAGCUCGAAGCCAUCCGCCGGAGUAUCUGA